CGGGCUAUGGGGGUGUGAUGCUCGUCUUCUGAGGCCGUGCUGAGAAGCCAGGCAGGGCAAACUGGCCGGUGGAGAUGUCAAACACGAUGGUCUCGAGAUUGCCGUAGCCGUCCAUCUCGUCAUCAUAGCAGACGUAUGGCACCAUGAUCACGAUCUUGUCGCCUGACAAGACAAGAGAGAAGACUUAUCUCAGAUGGGUCUGUCUGGUCUGUCUGGUCUGCCGGGGGGUGGGUGACCUGCAGCGACGGCCGAGUGGCGGGCGAAGUCAAACCUCAUGUCGUCGGGCAUGUAGAUGACGUGGGCGAGCCACAUUCGGGGCAGAAGUCGCGCUGGUGGCGGCUCAGCAGGUCACAAAGAGCACCUGAAUUCAGACACAGACAGACACCUACAUCAGUAAUGGUGUGAUGUGGUGUGGUGUGGUGUGAUGUGGUGCUUACCGUCAUCGACUGAUGGCUGUAUGCCGCUCGACACCCACGGCAGAUCGUCAAAGUCGAUCCAUCUGGAGAAAACAAAGAAGGGAGACGUCCACACACAAUGACUGAAAACAUGGACAUGUUGUGUACGUCUUGGUGUCUCCAUCGAAGAUCGCGACGUCGGGCGGGCAGGAGAACCCCACAGGCGAAUUGGGCUGGUGGUACUCGCUCUCCCCCCACUCUACACCGUGUGCAGGCAGCUCACCGUGUGCGGCGCAGGUGGGUGGCCUCAUGUCCUGCCUACCUUCGCCGCCGACGAUGAAGACAUAGCGAUCCUUGAUGAGUGUGGCCGUGUGGUUGAGACGAGCGGCUGGCGGCGUGCCGCUCACACUGCGAUCGCUGACAUGGACACACAGACAGACAGACAGACAGACAGACAGGAUGAGAGUGGUAGUGGCGGCGAAUGGGGGGUCUCUUACUUGUCGUUGAAUGACCAGGUCGCCACAUCCACGAUGGUCGUGGAGCUCAACGCCUCGCUGCACACAACAGGAAGAAACACAUACGUUGGGUGAGAGUUGUCAUUGUCUGACAAAGGGCCGUCGGUAAUGUACCCGUCUGUGUCUUUGCCUCCGAAGAUGAAGACGAAACCGUCCGCAUGAGCAGACGAACGGACAGGAACAAACGUAGAUGUGAAGUAGCAACUGCAAGACAUGUAUGAAGAAACGAUGCAUACACAUCCACCACUUCUGAGAAAGCCCUCGUGAGCAUCAGUCACCGGUUGAGGCGGCUUGUGGUCAACCCUCCGCUUCUUGGCCACCUCCCCCGCCGCCUCCUUCAACAACUCUCGCUGACUCAGCCAACGAUACUGCAGCUCGCCGACACCGACAUCCGCAUCCCCACCGUGAGUGCGAUCGAUCUCGAGCACACCCCAGAAGCGGUCUCGGUCUCUCCUGUCGCUCACACCGGUUGGCCGCCGCAAGCGAAAUACCGCUGGGGCAUCUCGGGAUGUGCGAUGUGCGUGGGUGUGGGGGAGGGGACGCUGAUGGGGGUGAGGGUGAGUGAGUCGGAGGAUGCCGGUGGGCUGCCAGCGACCACACACUCCUCCCAGGCAUACUUGCCAAACGACAGAAGGGGCUGGAGCGACACACUGAAAAGGAAAACACGUAAGUAAAGGAUGGAUGGCCCGUGUGUGAGUGCGUGUCUGAGUGUGUGUGUGUGUGUGCGCGUGUACCGUACCGCCACAGGUCGUUUUUGUAGCUGUUGUGCUGACCGAUGCCGCCCACCACUCCACCUGAUCGAACAAUCAAGCAGUCGACAGAAAACACGGAAUAUGGCAGGGAGUCCAUAUCCACCCAUCGCAGCCAGCGGUGUCUUACCGAACUCAUACAGAUGCUCGCUCAGGACGAAGGCGGCCGAGCGGCUCCGCCCCAUCUCGUCUGUGGGAUUCUCGCACGUGGCCUUGCCCCACCGCAGCUCACUGAUGUUCUUGUUGGCGCCCAAGUCAGAGAUCACUUUGCCGCGUCGCCUUGCUUCGCGGUAGCGGCUCUCGGGCAAGGCGGCCGAGGGGUGCGGGUGGUGGGCGGCGCCUUCGAUGAGACGAAUGUUGCUCUUGCUCAACCAACGACGAUACUGCGGACGACCCACACAAGCAGCGUCGAUGAAUGCAUUGCAAAGCGGGAAACUAAGGAUGCGUUUGUGUGGGUUUUCCUGCAGCUGCCAGAUGCCCGAUGAGCAGUGGGGCUCGAGCAUCUCCUUGAUCUCCCUGCACACUGCAGCAAACACAGCCAGCCAUUGUUGCUUCUCAUCUGCUUCAUCUCCCGCUCUCGUCGUCCAGUCACCUGUCUGUGCCUUGAGCAGGUCGGUACCAUCGAGAAAGGGCAACGAAUACCAAACCACAGACAUCAGAUGAGGAUCCGGACGCUGGAAGGGGGCCAUCGGGGCACUCUCGAAGGACUCCCUACGGGUGGAGGGCAGCAAGAUGAAAACGUCGCAUUUA